AUGGAGCCCGGCGGGCUCGGGGAACAGGCCGACUGGAUGCGGUUCCUGCGGAAGCUCAAGGAGGUCUUCGACGUGUGCGACGAGGAUGCGGACGGCUUCAUCCGGGUGGAGCAUUUCGUCGCCCUGGGGCUGCAGUUCGGCCAAGGGGAUGAGGUGGAAAAAUUGGCUAAAUACUUGGACCCAAAUGACCUGGGAAGAAUCAACUUCAAGGAUUUCUGUCAUGGAGUUUUUGCUAUCAAAGGCUGUGAAGAGUUACUGAAGGAUGUGCUGGCUGUCGAAAACCCUGGGUGUCGGCACUACGAGCCGCAGUAUGUGGAUUACUACUACCAGGGUAGCGAAAUCCAGGACGGUGCCUAUUUGGACGGUGAAAGCGCGUACAGUGAGUCAGAGCUGUUUCCUGAUGAAGACACGAUGACCCUGGCCCAGCAAGAGGUCCACCAUGAGUCCGACAUGGACAGUGCCAUCGAGAGCGCGCAGAGCUCUGAGGCAUCCGACGUGUGUGGCAGUGAAGAGAAGGACAGCGUGCUCAGUGGACUCUUUCUGCCUGUAGACAAGUCAAGUCCUCACAACCCCUCUGCAGCCUCUGACCUCUCCACCUAUUCCACCGCCUCUCUGAUCAGUAACGAGGAACAAUUUGAAGACUAUGGGGAAGGAGACGAUGUGGAUUAUACUCCCAGCAGUCCAUGCCUUGAUGAUGAGACCAGAACCAAUGCCUACUCUGACCUUGGCUCAUCUGUGUCUUCCAGUGCUGGGCAAACGCCAAGGAAAAUGAGGCACAUUUAUAACAGCGAGUUAUUGGAUGUCUACUGCUCACAGUGCUGCAAAAAAAUAAACCUGCUUAAUGACUUGGAAGCGAGGCUGAAAAACUUGAAAGCAAACAGCCCCAACCGAAAAAUCUCAAGCACAGCUUUUGGAAGACAACUCUUCCACAACAGUAACUUCAGCAGCAGUAAUGGCAGCACAGAGGACUUGUUCAGAGACAGCAUAGACUCAUGUGAUAAUGAUAUCACUGAAAAGGUCACUUCUUUAGAAAAAAAGGUGACCGAACUGGAGAAUGAUAACAUGACAAAUGGAGACCUGAAGAGCAAACUGAAACAGGAGAACACGCAGCUAGUUCACAGAGUUCAUGAACUAGAAGAACUGUUGAAAGACCAGGAGACAUCAGCUGAACAAACGCUGGAAGAAGAAAUAAAAAGGCAUAGAGAAGCAUACAGCAAGUAUGAAAAAGAAAAGGGCACUGAAAUUGAACUGCUAAAUACAAGGGUUCAACAGCUUGAAGAAGAAAAUGGUGAACUCAAAACCACCGUCACACGACUGAAAUCACAAACUGAGAAACUAGAUGAGGAGAGGCAACGCAUGUCGGAUAGGUUAGAAGACACCAGUUUGCGGCUGAAGGACGAGAUGGACUUGUACAAAAGGAUGAUGGACAAGCUGCGACAGAACAGACUUGAAUUUAACAAGGAGAGGGAAGCUACUCAGGAGCUCAUUGAGGACUUGCGAAAGGAACUGGAGCAUUUGCAGCUGUACAAACUAGAUUGCGAGCGCCCCGGCCGGGGGAGAAGCUCCUCGUCCAGUGUGAGUGAAUUCAACGCACGAACGAGGGAAGUGGAAAUGGAGCAUGAAAUUAAACGGCUAAAGCAGGAGAAUCAGAAACUUCGUGACCAGAAUGAUGACCUUAAUGGACAGAUCCUAAGUCUUAGUCUUUAUGAAGCUAAGAAUCUUUUUGCAACACAGACAAAAGCCCAAUCACUGGCUGCUGAAAUCGACUCUGCAUCAAGAGAUGAGCUCAUGGAAGCUCUUAAAGAACAGGAGGAAAUAAACUACAGAUUGCGACAGUAUAUGGACAAGAUUAUUUUGGCCAUCCUAGACCACAACCCAUCUAUCCUGGAAAUAAAAAAUUGA